CGACAUUGCCGGGAACGCGCUCGUUGUGCCAGCGUGCGCCGCGCCAGGGCACGAUUCCCGAGUACAACCCGAACGCGAUUGCGGCCCCGACGCCGACGCCGGUGAUCACGCUCGGCAACAUGGUGCAAGAAGCCGAUUUGGUCGAUGACGGCGAGUACAGCGACUUGAAGGAAGACAUUGAAGAAGAGUGCAGCAAGUUUGGCAAGGUCACGACGCUUGUGAUCCCUCGCCCGAGCGACGGGUUGCCCGGUGUCGGCAAGGCCUUUGUCCGCUUCGAGACAGUGGAUGCUGCGAUCGCCGCCACCAAGGCAUUGACAGGACGCAAGUUUGGCGGCAACGUGGUCGAUGUGAGCUACAUGAGCGUCGAGGCGUUUGAAGCCCAGGCGUUCGCGUAGACUGCUCUGCUGCUGUCGAUGAUGCUGGCUAGGAGCGGCGUCUCUCUUUUUUAUAUUUCAAAACAACGACGCAUAGCCUCCUCGCC